CCAAUCAGGUCGUGCGUCCUUCCAGCGUCACAGUGGCGGUAAUGUUAUGGAGUUCUCUCUCCCCUCAGUGCUACAGCUGCUAGCCGAAGGAAAUGUGAGGCCUGUCGGAGAAAAUUAGCGUUUAUACGGCAAGAAAGCGUCGUCGGUCAAGAGGUGGACGAAUAAACACUUUUUCUACCCCUGCAUGAGAUCCGGAGAGAGCGCUGAAAAAUGGUGGUCCUCAAAAUUAGAGACCAGCCUUCUCUGCUAAAAGCUAUAUUCAAUGUUGACCCGGAUGAAGUCCGGUCCCUCAUAUUCAAGAAGGAGGAUGUGAACAUACAGGAUAACGAGAAGAGGACUCCGCUGCACGCUGCUGCGUAUUUAGGAGACGCUGAAAUCAUAGAGCUGCUGGUUUUAUCAGGAGCGAGAGUGAAUGCCAAAGACAAUAAGUGGCUGACUCCUCUGCACCGGGCAGUGGCCUCCUGCAGUGAGGAGGCGGUGCAGGUUCUACUGAAGCACUCGGCGGACGUGAACGCGCGGGACAAGAACUGGCAGACGCCGCUGCACGUUGCCGCGGCAAAUAAAGCGGUGCGCUGCGCCGAGGCUCUGGUUCCACUGCUCAGCAACGUGAAUGUGUCGGACCGGGCGGGCCGCACCGCCCUGCACCACGCGGCCUUCAGCGGACACCUGGAGAUGGUGAGGUUACUGCUGUCCAGAGGAGCCAACAUUAACGCGUUUGAUAAGAAGGACCGGCGGGCGAUUCACUGGGCCGCCUAUAUGGGUCAUUUAGAGGUGGUGAAGUUGUUGGUGUCUCAUGGUGCAGAGGUGAUGUGUAAGGAUAAGAAGGCGUACACUCCUCUGCACGCAGCGGCCUCUAGUGGGAUGAUCAGUGUAGUGAAGUACCUGCUGGACCUGGGGGUGGACAUCAACGAGCCGAACGCGUAUGGGAACACCCCGCUGCACGUGGCCUGCUACAACGGGCAGGACGUGGUGGUGAACGAGCUGAUCGAGUGCGGCGCCAACGUCAAUCAGGUGAACGAGAAGGGUUUCGCGCCGCUGCACUUCACGGCCGCCUCGCGCCACGGAGCGCUCUGCCUCGAGCUGCUUGUUGGAAACGGAGCUGACGUCAACAUCAAGAGCAAAGAUGGGAAAACUCCUCUGCACAUGACUGCGAUUCACGGGAGGUUCUCGCGAUCUCAGGCGCUCAUUCAGAACGGUGCUGAGAUAGACUGUGAAGAUAAAAAUGGAAAUACGCCCCUGCACAUCGCAGCACGAUACGGACAUGAGCUCCUCAUCAACACGCUCAUUACCAACGGAGCCGACACCUCGAAGCGGGGAGUCCACGGCAUGUUUCCUCUGCACUUGGCCGCUCUCAGUGGCUUCUCGGACUGCUGCCGCAAACUGCUCUCCUCCGGCUUUGAUAUCGACACCCCUGAUGACCUUGGAAGGACCUGUUUACAUGCUGCAGCAGCCGGAGGGAACCUAGAUUGUCUCAAUCUUCUCCUAAACACGGGGGCGGACUUCAACAAGAAAGACAGUUUUGGCAGGACACCUUUGCACUAUGCGGCUGCAAACUGUAACUAUCAGUGCCUAUUUGCCAUGGUGGGCUCGGGGGCCAGCGUCAAUGACCUGGACAAGAGGGGCUGCACCCCCCUCCACUACGCCGCUGCCUCCGACUCUGAUGGAAAGUGCCUGGAGUAUUUGCUGAGGAAUGAUGCUAACCCAGGGAUCCGAGACAAUCAGGGCUAUAACGCGGUUCAUUACGCCUCUGCGUACGGACACCGCCUCUGUCUGGAACUGAUUGCGAGUGAAACCCCUUUAGAUGUGUUAAUGGAGACCUCAGGGACCGACAUACUGAACGACUCUGAUGUGCGCGCUCCUGUUAGCCCGCUGCAUCUCGCCGCGUUUCACGGUCAUCACCAGGCCCUGGAGGUGCUGGUGCAGUCUCUGCUGGAUCUGGACGUACGGACGGCGCAGGGACACACGGCGCUGGACCUGGCUGCUUUUAAAGGUCAUGUGGAGUGUGUGGACGUUCUCAUCAACCAGGGAGCCUCCAUCCUGGUUAAAGACUACACCCUCAAACGCACCCCCAUCCACGCAGCAGCCACAAAUGGUCAUUCUGACUGUCUGCGUUUACUGAUUGGAAAUGCUGACCUGCAGAGCGCAGUUGACAUUCAGGAUGGGAUUGGACAGACUCCUCUGAUGCUGGCGGUGUUGAGCGGACACACUGACUGUGUGUACUCUUUACUCAACAAAGGAGCCAACGUAGAAGCCAAAGACAAGUGGGGCCGUACCGCUCUGCACCGAGGGGCAGUGACGGGUCACGAGGAGUGCGUGGAGGCUCUGCUCCAGCACAGUGCCAGUUUCAUGGUGCGGGACUGUAGGGGGCGCUCUCCUGUUCACCUGGCUGCUGCCUGUGGCCACGUGGGGGUGCUGGGUGGUCUGCUGCAUGCGGCCCAGUCGGUGGAGACCAUCCCCGUCAUUACGGACCAGCAGGGCUACACGCCACUGCACUGGGCCUGUUAUAAUGGUCAUGACACGUGUGUUGAAGUGCUGCUGGAGCAGGAGCUGUUCCAUAAGAUGGAGGGGAACUCCUUCAGCCCCCUGCACUGCGCCGUGAUAAAUGAUAACGAGGGAGCAGCUGAAAUGUUGAUUGACACGUUGGGUCCUGCGAUUGUCAAUGCUACCGACUCUAAAAACAGGACUCCCCUCCACGCUGCAGCAUUCACUGAUCACGUGGAGUGUAUGCAGCUCCUGCUGGGCCAAAACGCCCAGGUGAACUGCGUCGAUGCUGGCGGGAAAACUCCACUCAUGAUGGCUGCUGAGAACGGCCAGACGAACGCUGUGGAGCUGUUAGUGAGCAGUGCGAAAGCUGACCUGACGCUGCAGGACGCCAACAAAAACACCGCACUACACCUGGCCUGCAGUAAGGGACACGAGACCAGUGCCUUGCUGAUCUUGGAGAAGAUCACGGACAGAAAUCUCAUCAACUCCACCAACGCAGCUUUACAAACGCCUCUGCACGUGGCUGCCAGGAACGGUCUGACAGUUGUGGUGCAGGAGCUGCUGGCUAAGGGUGCGAGCGUGUUAGCAGUGGAUGAGAACGGUUACACGCCUGCCCUGGCCUGUGCCCCCAACAAAGACGUGGCCGACUGCCUGGCGCUCAUACUGGCCACCAUGAUGCCGGUGUCUCCCAGUCAGAGCAGCCUGGCGUUCAGCUCCAUAAACCACUACACCAGCCCUGUGAAGAGCGUGACGUUCGACAGCCUGCCUGUGCACACCUCCUACUGCAGCUUCAACAGCAUCGGCCGCCACCACCACGGCUUCUACAAGGACGACGAGCUCAACGACUCCGACUCCGAGACCUACUGAGAGAGACAGAGAGAGAGAGAGGGGGGAGAGAGAGACUCACUGUGUCUUAAUCGCCCAGAGGCAGCCUGGCCUCAGCAGCCGGUCACUGCAUAGAGCCUUAAGAGUCUCACACACACACACAAACACACACGUUAGGGCUGCACAGUAUAUAGAAAUACUAAUAUUGCGAAUACAUUUGCUACAGAUUGUGAUGGGGUGGGCGAUAAAGCCUUCAGGACCUCAUAGUAUACUGUAUGCAUCAAGUGCCAGAUUAAAAAUAAUACUGUCGAAAGCAGUGCUGAGGAGUGCAGUGACUUUCUACUCACUGCACUGCUUUAAAACAGGACCAAUUACGCUCUAAUAAUGAGAAGUGUUGCCCGUCAGUGUCCACGUACUGUACUACAGCGUCCACAAUAACACUGCAAAAAAUCUCUUGACAAGUGAAAUUAUCUUAAAUAUUGUUAAUGAAUCUAAUAUUUCUCUUUUUGAGAUUGUAAGCUUAAUUUUAGAUUAUUUAACCCAUUUCUAGAUUUAAAACAAGUAAAAAGAGACUUUAAGUAAAAUUGUCACUAUAUUGGCAGAUAAGUUGGCUUGUUUUAAGAAAUGAGCUGCACAACCAUCUCAAAAUGGGAAAUAUUGGAUAGUUUGACUAGAUUUAAGAUCAUUUCACUUGACAAUAUUGUGAUGUUCAUCACGAUACAAUAUAUAUGGUUUUAUUGCUCACCCUUAGUUAUAAUACUUAAUCUAAUUUUCUGACAUCACAGUUAACGAAUAUAUUGUGCAGCCAUAACACACACCUAUGCAAAAGUUUGGGCGCCCCGUUUCCGUUUUGUUGGCUUUCAAAGUGAAAAUAAGUUCCUCCACAGAGAAGUUUCAGUGCACAGUUGCUGUUUGUUUGAAUUCAGCUUUAUUUAAUAUCGGAUGCUGCCUGUGCAAAAGUGAAGGCACAUUUUAUAUGUUAUGUUUUAGACGUUAAACUCAAUAAACAGAAACUGUGGCGAGGAAUGCCAUGUUUAACUGCGUGGAGGAUGUUUUCACUUAGAAAAUCAGUGUAAUUUGUUCAAACUUUUGCAUACGACUGCACACAUACAUAAAGGCACAGCAGGCUGGCCCACCCAGCCCUCCCCCUCCAACCUAUCCCCUCCUCCCCCUCCCCCUCUCUCUGUCCGCUCAACCUCAACCAGCACCUCGUGCCCUUUCAGCAGAUACCUCAGCGUACCUUCUGCUUCUUUCACUCGCCUCCGGACAGCCGCGUCAGACGAGCCGAGCUCCGUACCUGGCAAUAAAGCGGGGAACAGAGAACCGCCAGCCUGGGACCAAUGUUGGAAACGCGAUCCAGCUCUUUUGCAGCUGGUAUUUUGAAAACGAGGACCGGUUCUGAAUAAUCGUCGGCGGAGAACGAGGCUGAUCGCGACGGAGGUGGACGUCUCUGCUCGCUUAAUUUCGCUCGCUUAAUUUGGUAAUUUACAUGGGGGGGGUUACAAAGAAAAAAAGAGAUUUAUUUUUUAAAACAGGAUUUUAAUACACGUCUAUAUCCUCUGUUCCUCUGGGGGAAAGAAAAAUCAAAGAAUUUCCUUCUAUUUUCGAAUCUUAGAGGGCCGGCGGAGGAAAAGAAGUAAAUAUUAGCAUUGUAACGCUAACAGCAAUGGGCGUGAGUGAAGAGCAGGCUAACCGUUGCUGUCUUCUCUUUCAGAAUAAAUUAUUCUUUUUAUCUGUCGUAUUUAUUUUUAGUUUCCAUAUUUCAUCAUUUGUGCCUUCAUGGUUUGCCGUGUGGACGCAGGAGGAGAUUUAAAAGGCAGAGAAGAAAACUGCGCGGCACAAAGUUCAACACUACGUUUAUUGAGAAGCACUGAAACUGGACUGAAGCUAAAGCUCCGGGUGAAGAACACUGUGUGAACCAAUGGUGGCGUCUGAUUUCCUUUGUAUGGUGAAAUAUGAAUAUUAAAAUGUAUCUAUAUUUUUCCUCCCAGCUCUUACCAUCAUUAUUAUUAUUAUUAUUAUUAAUUAUUAUUAUCAGGUUUUUGGCUCGCUUGAUUAGCUAAUGAAACCACUGAGUCCUCGUCUGUCAAAGUUGUGUUUGUCUCUUUUUUUGAUUUUUUUUUUUGUUUUUUUUUUUGGAAUGAUUUUGAACUGGAAGUCUGUUUAAUUCACCUUUGAGUGCUGCAUGAAAGUUGAACCUGCUUUGCUUUCCUUUCCGAUUGCAUUGGAGAGUGGUUAGCGUAGCCUUUCAUUCAGCGCAAGAGAUUCCUGUAUAUUUUAUGGUUGACUGAAUAAAGAAAUUAGUUAUGUGA